AUGGCUAAUUCACAGCAGUAUUUGUUUCUGAUCAUCUUGGCUUCAUGGGCGAUUGUAAGUUUAGGCCUGGGUCUUGACUCCAUGGGACCAUUUGCAUGCAUGCAGAAAAUGACCCCUUGUCAACAGUACUUCAAGAAACUGGACAAUGUGCCUGAUACAUGUUGUGACCCGAUGAAGAACAUGCUAUCGGAGAAAUCGGACGAUAGGAAAUGCAUUUGCGGCGCCUUGAGCAACCCCCUGGUGCUGAAGAACUUGAACGUGACUCAGGAUGAGGUCAUGGAUCUUGCAAAUGCUUGUGGCUUGAAGGCUGACGUUUCAAAAUGCGACGGUAAGUCAAAGGACACUAAGGAUAAUGCAUCUCCAUCUUCUUCACCAGAAACCGGCAAGUCCUCCCCAAGUCCAUCACCAGCUCCUAAUGCAGCCUCUUGUUUCGGCAAAUCUGGUUUUGCAGCCUCGUUCAUUGCAGCUCUAAUUUUUUCAGCAGCAUUUUAA